AUGACCAUGAGCAGUGCAAUCAUCGCGACCUUCAUCCUGAAAGAAAAGUUUCUAAAGAUUCAUGCCCUAGGAGUAAGCCUCAUCAUAGCGGGAGUCGUGCUCAUCGUCUACAGCAAAGGCAACGAGGCAGUGAUCGAGCCCACCAUCGAGGAAGCGCUGACUGAAUACUUCGGCUCUACCCAGUCGAUCAUAUAUUGCAUCAGCAUCUGCAGCAUCACAGUCUUCCUCCUCUUUAUCUGCGAGACGCAUGGCAAGGCAUAUGUCAUUUUUUACACAAGUCUCUGCUCGCUCAUCGCCUCUUGGACGGUUCUUGGCUGCAAGUCCUUCAUGGCAUUUUUCCGUCGGACAGUAGAAAAGGGAGACAACCAGCUCACAAGAAUGCCGGAGGGUCUUUUCGCCUGGUUCACGCUGCUCGUAGUGGUGGCGUGUGCUGUGAUCUCUCUGCAUUAUCUACAGCAAGCGAUGAGAUACCAUGACAACAACAAAGUCAUUCCAACCUACUAUGCCACCUUCACACUAGCCUGUAUCAUCGGUGCUGCCGUCGUCUACAAAGAGUUCGAGGGCCUCACAGUCCGUCAGCUUUCCCUCUUCUUCCUCGGGCUGGUUCUCGCGGGGGCAGGCGUCUUCACCAUCUCAGCCAAGAGAGCGCAUGAGGAAGGGGAGGAUACUGUGCAUGAGGAGAAGCGACACGAAAACGGAGUUUCUAAAACAGACUCCUGGGAUCGCUGGGCUCGAAAUGGCGACCGGCUCAAACUCGUUGAGAUGGACAUGCUCAAGGCAGUUCACAUAGAGAACGGCGACUUCACCCCCACCAAGUCUCCUCACACCAACGGCUCGUGAUCAACCUGCCGCAAACUUCUCCCAUGCCCCCUACAAUCCCCACCCCUGCCCCCUUCUCAUCCAGCUGAUUUCCAUCACACUCUCCUCUUGCCUCGUCCAGCUAUACCCCGACAGCGUCAGCAGCCUUUGUAAAUUCACUCAUGACAUGUCCAUAAUAAAAGAUGCGAACACAC